AUGGCUGUCGAGAAACCCGAGAAGAACGUCAAGUUCGGCCAGGCCGUGGCCAAGAGCCUGGGCAUCAAGCUGCCCUACAGAGACCCUCUAGGUGCCACCGGCGACACCGUCACCCGCGGCGAGUCGACCUUCUCCGUCGGCACCGUGGACACCUACUCGUACAACGAACCCGAACCGACCACCACCGAGUGGUUCCAGGAACAUACCCCGUCGUUCAAGGAUAUCGGCAAUUAUUUCCUGAACCUCUUCCCAUUUUUGACCUGGAUCCGCCGGUAUAAUUUGCAAUGGUUGUUCGGUGACCUGGUGGCCGGUAUCACCGUUGGAGCUGUGGUCGUUCCGCAAGGUAUGGCGUACGCGCAACUGGCGAAACUGGAAGUGCAGUUCGGUCUCUACUCGUCGUUCAUGGGCGUGCUGGUUUACUGGUUCUUUGCGACCUCCAAAGAUAUCACAAUUGGACCCGUCGCGGUCAUGUCUACCUUGACCGGUGAUAUUGUCACCCAGGUCACCGCGAAAUACCCCGAGAUUCCACCACACGUGGUCGCGUCCUCCUUGGCCGUCAUCUGCGGUGGCAUUGUUUGUUUCAUGGGUCUGAUCCGACUGGGUUUCAUUGUGGAUUUCAUCCCGCUUCCCGCCAUUUCGGCUUUCAUGACCGGAUCGGCUCUGAAUAUCUGCUCGGGACAAGUGCCGACCAUGCUCGGCGAGACGGCGGACUUCUCUACCCGAGGCUCGACCUAUCUGAUUAUCAUCAACACCCUCAAGUAUCUGCCCACCGCCACAAUCGAUGCGGCCAUGGGUGUGACGGCUAUGGUGAUGCUGUACGCGAUCCGUUCGGGAUGCAUGUACGCCGCAAAGAAGAUGCCUCACCGCGCCAGGAUAUUCUUCUUCGCGUCUACCCUGCGGACGGUGUUUGUCAUCUUAUUUUACACUAUGAUUAGUGCUGCGGUCAAUCUGCACCGCAAGGACAACCCGGCCUUUUCACUUCUAGGCCACGUUCCUCGCGGCUUCCAGAAUGCCGCUGUGCCUAAGCUCGAGUCGAAGGUCAUCGCUGCCUUUGGCGGCCAGCUGCCCGCCGCCGUGAUUGUGCUUUUGAUCGAACACAUUGCCAUCUCCAAGUCCUUUGGCCGUGUCAACAACUAUACCAUCAACCCCUCGCAGGAGUUUGUCGGUAUCGGUGUUACCAACCUGCUUGGUCCGUUCCUGGGUGCCUACCCGGCGACUGGCUCUUUCUCCCGCACUGCCAUCAAGUCGAAGGCCGGGGUCCGUACCCCGUUGGCAGGUGUGAUUACGUCGGUCGUAGUCUUGUUGGCCAUCUACGCCCUGCCCGCGCUCUUCUUCUACAUUCCCAAGGCAUCCCUCGCUGGUGUCAUUAUCCACGCCGUCGGUGACCUGAUCACGCCGCCCAACACUGUCUACCAGUUCUGGCGCGUGGCACCCCUGGACUGCCUGAUCUUCUUCAUUGGUGUGCUCGUGACGAUGUUCACCUCCAUCGAAGACGGUAUUUACUGCACGAUCUGUGUCUCCGUGGCCGUGCUGCUUUUCCGCGUGGCCAAGGCCCGCGGCCACUUCCUGGGCAAGGUGACCAUCCACUCCGUGGUUGGCGACCAUCUUCUGGAUGGCGACGGCAAGUACGGCUCAUUCGGAGCCACCAAGGCCCCGGCCGAUGAGGACGACGAGGAGCGCUUUCACCGGUCCAUCUUCCUCCCCAUCAACCACACCGAUGGCUCCAACCCGGAUGUCGACGUGGAGCAGCCGUACCCGGGCAUCUUCAUCUACCGCUUCUCCGAAGGCUUCAACUACCCCAACGCCAAUCACUACACGGAUAACCUGGUGCAGACCGUCUUCCGGCACACCCGCCGCACGAACCCGCACGCAUACACGCGCAACGGCGACCGGCCAUGGAACGACCCGGGCCCGAAGGGAGGCCAGGACGAAUCCAGCGAGAACCUGCCUCUUCUGCAAGCCAUCAUUCUCGACUUCUCGUCCGUGAACAACGUGGACACAACCUCGAUCCAGAACCUGAUCGACGUGCGCAACCAGCUUGAUCUCUAUACCACGCCGCGCACCGUGCAGUGGCACUUCGCCCACAUCAACAACCGGUGGACGAAGCGCGCUCUGGCCGCCGCAGGCUUUGGAUACCCGACCCCAACCUCGAACGAGGGUUUCCACCGGUGGAAGCCUAUCUUCAGUGUGGCCGAGAUCGAAGGCAGCGGGUCAGCCGCGGCGCACGCGGAGAUCAUGAACAAUGAGCGCGAGCGCCUCGAACAGCUACACGCGCACCACAAGACCGAGGACGUCGAGGCGGGCAUCAAGACCACCGCCGACCAAGAGACCACGACCCAGGUCACCGAGGGCUCGUCGUCCAGCACCGAGAACAGCGACAUCAUCUCCGAGGACCACUUCAAGCGCGAUCUGACGGACAGCAAGGCCUACCGCUCCCGUCGCAAGAUGGCCCUCAUCCAAGGCAUGAACCGGCCGUUCUUCCACAUCGACUUGACCAGCGCCCUGCAAAGUGCCGUGGCCAACUCGUCCGACACGAUCCCGCACGUCGGUUGA